AACGUGCGCGGGCCGGGGUGGGCGCGGUCCGCGGUGGGACUGAGGUAGUCGCGCUCCCAGCGUCUUAUGGCGGGCUGCCCGCGCGGUCCUUAGCUGUCGGCUCCUUUGUGGUGCGCGGAGCGGUUGCUCUCUCAAUCCCGGGGAUCUUAGAGGCAGCGGCCUGCUGCUUUCCCGUGAGGCGUGUGGGGUCUCGGUCUCCAGCGGCCUCGGUUGCCCGGAAGCCCGGCGCGGGGAGGGAUGUCGGCGGGGCUGUCCGCUGUCUUUGUCCCCUGUCUUUGUCCCCUUCAGGGCUCCCGGCGCCUCUUGGCGGGGCUGGGCCGCGCCUGACGGGAGGACUUGGGCUGGGGGGCUCUGCGGCCUUCUGCCUCUCUUCCUUCUUUGGUUUUAAAUUAAGAGCGGAGAGGUUUAGGUUCCACGUUAGGAAGAAGUUCUUCGCUCAGAGGGCGGUGAGGCCCUGGCACAGGCUGCCCAGAGAGCUGUGGGCGCCCCAUCCCUGGAGGUGCCCUGUGCCAGGUUGGAUGGGGCCCGGGGCAGCCUCAGCUGGUGGGGGGCAGCCCUGCCCGUGGCAGGAGGUUGGGACGGGAUGGACCUUAAGCUCACUUCCCCCCUAAACCGUUGUGCACGUACACUAGCACCAGCUGAACCAUCUCUCAGUACAAAACUGAAAUUUGUCCCAAGCCAACGUAGCCAUCUGUUAGGAAUCACACCUUAAGCUUUCCAGAAAGCCCUGGGUUUACUAUUAUGUGAAGACUGUCCAAUUCUCAAAUUUGAUUUUAGAAAAAUAGGUUAUAGUGCUUCCUGAUCUAAUGCUUAUUUCUUCAGUCAUAACUUCUGGAAGAUUUAAACAUGAAGGCAACCAUCAAGGCAUAACAUUAAAAAAGUAAUCUGGAUAUACAUAUAUAUUUGUAGAGGACUCUUCAUGGGAGUUUUUGGUGUUGGUUAUGGUUUUUUCUGUUAGUUGGUUUUUUUGUUUUGUUUUUUAAAAACUCCAUUCCAGCAUGUGCUUACGCAGUAGGAUGUGAGCAAAGGAAACAAAGACACAGCGACAGACUAUAGAUGCCUCUGGUGUUAUGUAUUUUGAGGUGAUGAAUCUUCUGCAUAUUUAUGGAUUGUUCAGGUUAGUUUCACGAAACUUGUUUUAUUUCAACAGUGACAAGUAGUUCCAGUUUCUUUAGACCAGAGGUGAGGGCAUUCUUAACCUUCAGUUGAUUCUCACUUGACAGGACUGUAUCAAACUCAGCGUCAUGUUACUGGCUCUUCUGGACACACCUUGAAAGCUUUCUGUUAUCUCGUGAUCAAAAACCCUUCUCUUCCCCUAGACAGCACUUUGCAUUUGUACCCAAAUGGUGCAAAUACAUAAAAGCACAUUUUGCAUUUGCAGCUAGAACCGUGCCAAGUAACGCGUGCACAGCUGCUAGUCAUGUCAGAGGCUGUUUGCAUUGUCUGUCACUUCUCUGGGAUUUCUCUGUCACAUAAGCAGACUUUUGUCAUCUCUGCCCUGAUCUGCUUAUCUCUUUUCUGAGUGAACCGCCUUUAUUCCCAAGUGGUGCACUCAGCAGACUUUAUUUGCUGUGGUAUCUUCUGCUAAAGACACAAAAAAGUUGUAGUCUUGUGGUUCUGAUUUUGGUAAAAGCUGAAAUGUUUGUCUGGAAUUAUUUAUGAAUAUGCAUUUUCAUGUUUUAGACGUCAUAUCAAACCAGAAAUCAAACAUGCUUGAUGUUUUGUUCUUGUAAAUUAAUCUUUUCAAAUUGCUGAUAAGCAGUUUCUGUUCUUUUUUUGUAGCUAUCUACAAUGUGUACAAAUCCUUGCCUGUUUCUAUUCUUGUCCAUUAAAUAGUUUAAGCGUGUAGCAGUUCAUUUUUUUCUGAAUUAAAAGUAAUAUCCUGGACACCAUCUAGAAAUAUCAGAAUAUUAGAACCAGAGUAUUACCAGCCUCAGCUUUAUUUAGAUAAUAGUGCUUUUUAUUUAAUUUAUCAAAAAGGUAAAUAGUCCUACUGUGGAGUAGGUCCAAAUCUGCUCAUCAAUGCACUACUAAGAGAAUUCAUUAGCACUAUUUGUGUUAAGGAGAAAGGAAGCCUCUUCAGUGAGGCAGCGUGCUUUCAAAAGGCAAAGAGUUAGAAAACAUGAGGUGUGCCUAACAAUUAGAGAGUAAUAGCCAAGAGUUCUAAAAUAGGUAGGCUCCACAGUUGCUUUCAGGGGCUUAUAUCAGAUAUGCUAUAGGAGGAAAAAAAAAAGUUGAAAAGAAAGCUAUGCAAAAUGGCAUUUUGUACCAUGGGUUCCCAAUGUAGUAGUGCAGUGCUUGACCUGUAACUGAAAAUCUAAACCCAAGAUUUGGCACUUGUGAAAGAGUGGAUGGGCAAUCAGGGCAGUGAUGCAGAGCACCUGGAUGAGCAGCAGUGGGGCUGGCCUACAGGGUGACCUGGCAGUUGUGUGUUUUAACUUGUGACCUGGCCUAGAGAUAAGAGGAAAGCUCAGCUGUCUAUCUUCUACAUUCAUGUAAAAUUGUAUUUAGAAAAUAGCAUGGAUGAAAAAUUGAUUUUAAAACCUGAAUCUGAUAUUUAGGUAAUGUAAAAGACAGUUAAUUAUCUAUUAAUAUUUCCAAGAGUUUGAUGUAUCCUGUUUGCGAGUACUUUGGGAAGUCUGACCCACUGUCCAAUAGCUAGCCAAGUACUUGGACAUCCACUUCGGACUUGCCUGAAUUCAAGCAGUUCUACCAAUUUCAGUAAAAAUGAAUGAGUUUGUGAGUUUUGACUUUAAACAGAGGUUUGGUGCCUUGGUAGUGUAAGUCAGAAAAACUGUCUGUGUUUUGUGUUAGAACUCUACGUAACUCAGGAUCAGGCCCUGAGCAACCUGUGGAUGUCCUUGUUCAAUGCAGAGGAGUCGCGCUAGGUGACAUUCAGAGGUCCCUUCCAACUCGCAGGAUUCUAUGAUUCUGUAACUUUUUACCUGGAAGACAGGCAGACACACAUGCACUCAUGCAGUUUCUGAAGCCAAUGUGAAGUACCUGGCCCCAGGAACUCAGCUUAAUCUUUUUAUUUAUCAAUCGAAAAUAAUUGUCUCAUUAACAGUGAAACUUCUAAAAGUAGUCUUAGUUCUUUCUGUGUAUUGAUAGCUCUUCUGGAGAAUUUACCCACUCGAUGACUUUAAAAAAGUUUUUAAUAUAAACACUGAAGAUGAAUUUGAGUUUAAUAGAUAGGUCAAGAAAUUCAAUUACUAUAAAAACAGAAAAGAACUAACACCGUAAUUAGGGUUUGAAAAGCACAGUAAGUACCAAAUAAAUUGAUUUACUGCCAGAGAGAAGUAAGUAUGAUGCUGCUUCCUUGAAAGCCCAAAUAUCUUUUCAUGGCAAACAUAUAAUAAUGAAGGUUAAGGGAGAAGUUUAAAGAUCAGGUAAAAGGUCUCUGAAAAAUACUUGUGUAAUUCUAGCAGAUACAGAGAUACAGUGCUGUGUUGCGGUAUAAAUCUGACUUUUUAAAUGGCAGAAAGUUGAUGGUGGGUUGUUUUUUGUGUUUUUUUUUUUAAUACUGGUCAUGGCAAGAAGUGCAUCUACAGUACAACCCUAUGUUAUAGUAUAUACUUCAAUCAUUCUCUUUUCUCAAGAUAAAUUAUUUUCAGAAGGGCAGGAAGCUUCAUACAUCUUAAACAGAAACAUGCAGCUUGCAAAACUUGGAAAACUUUGUAAGUAAGCUAGUUGCGUACAGUCAGCAAUGCAUAGGAGGUGCAGACUAUAAACUGUUAUGUGCUUUGUCCCCCAGAUUGAGAGUUUUUGCUAAUGUGCUGAUGUGUAUGUUCAAUCUAGAGUUGUGCACUAUGUCCGAGUUGAGCUUUCUCUAGCGUCAGGCGCAGGAUCAGCCAUAUCUGGGGUAGAGGACUGGAUGAGCUUUGAAUCUGCAAUGAACUGAGGCGUUUUACAGUGUGAGGGCAAUGGAGCAGGGCUUUAACGUAGGCAGGUAAUGACUUAUUCUUAGACCUGUUUCUUACAGAAGCAUCUCUAAUGCAUGACAUUUGUUUGAACGCUUACUUCAAACAGUUAUUUUCUAUCAUUCAGCAAGAUUGCUCCAGUACUUUUUUGUGAUUUCAGUAAGUCAAAAGAGCCUCUAAGAUGUCAACUUUUAAUAUGUACCUACUUAUAUCUACUUUUUUUUGCAUAUGUUUCAGAAAUUUCAUUUGCCUAAACAUUUUGCAUUUGAAGUAACAGUGUAAAGCUCUUAGCUUCUUUCUGAAAUAACUUAGCAUUCAGACUAAGAUGUGUAUGCCAAAUUUCAGCCUUAAGCAUAUCCCAACAGGCAAAACCGUAAGAGCCGUGGGAAAACAGCUAUAUUUCUGUAAUGGAAAUAUCAACUCAACCUUAACAGUUUAUGACAUAGACAUACUAAUAGAUUUAUAAUUCAUAUGAGUUUACGGAAGCUCAUCAAUAGCUACUUUAUAUUCAGAGUAUAACAAAAUUGUUUUCCUCUAACAGAUGAGCAGUAUGCUCAGAACAUGCAUUCCUUAACUGGUGAUUUUUGGAGCCAAGCUCAUUAAAUGAAAAUAUACAGCGUAUAUCUUUGAGAUUUAUUUUGUUUGCUCUUUCUCUCACAGGAACCCUGACAAACAGGAAAGUACUACAAAGUGAAGACAAAAUACAUUUAACGAGAACUGAUCUCUACUUGCAUUGUUUUUUAAACUUCAUACCAAUAACUGCUUAGUGUCAAAUAGCCUCUGUAGUCCGCUGUGCUAAAAUUAUUAGGUUAAAGCUGGAAAAAAUGAAACAAUUGAAAAGAAAAAGAAAAAGUAAUUUUAGUGUUCAGGAAACUCAAACUCUCCUUAAGGAAAUCAGGAAAAGGAGAGAAGUACUCUUUUCGAAGCAACUUAAUACAACAAUUAAUGAGAUGAAACGGAAAGCGUGGGAGGAAAUAGCAGAGUGUGUGAAUGCUGUGGGUGAAGGUGAGCAAAGAACAGGGACAGAAGUGAAAAGACGAUACCUUGACUGGAGAGCGCUCAUGAAGAGAAAACGUCUGAAUGCAAACAUCAAGGCAGUAGGUGCAGGGUUUCACCUUCCUUCAUCCGAUUUAGAUGACUCUCUCAAUGAAGAUAUGGAUGACAAAAUGGGGUUUGCAAAUGAGUCUAGUUUUGAAUGGCAGAACAUCACUGACUUCAGAGAAGCAGGCGGGUCUUUAACAGAAAUCAAAGUAGAAGAAGAAGAGGAGGAUCCACAAAAUUUUGAAUUUCCUAUUGAGGAAGAAGAAGAAAUUUUGUCAUCAGUUUUGCCAGAUUCAAAAAAAGAAAGUGACCUACCAGAUUUCACCCACAUUGAGGAGUUCGGAAAUCUAAGUUCUGCUCAAGCUAGAUUAGCCUAUGAAGAUUCACACUUGCUUAUAAAUCUAGAAAAGCAGAAGGUGGAGCUGGAGAAGCAACGAUUAGACAUUGAAGCUGAACGGUUGCAAGUUGAGAAGGAGCGCCUGCAAAUUGAAAAAGAACGGUUGCGGCAUGUUGACUUGGAGCACGAGAGACUGCAGCUGGAGAAGGAGCGACUUCAAAUUGAGCGGGAGAAACUGAGGCUAGAGACUCUGCACGCUGAGAAACCUGCCCUGGAAAAUGACCUCACCCAAACAGAAAAACCCAUCAUACAGCCUCUGGAUCUAGAAACUGAAAAGUUAAAACUUGAAAAAGAACGCUUGCAGUUAGAGAAAGAAAGGCUGCAGUUCUUAAAGUUUGAGUCGGAGAAGCUGCAGAUUGAGAAGGAGCGCUUGCAAGUGGAGAAGGAACGCCUUAGAAUUCAGAGAGAGGGUCACUUGCAGUGAGCUUCUCAACUGAAGUGUUAAUACUGGUGUUCUGAUGUGUGUAAAAUAAAGGUAGUUCUUUUCCUGAUGCUGAAGCUGUCGUAAAGGUCUAAUGUUCUUCUGUUCAGAGCUGAAUGUUGAUGUUAAACUUUUUAAAAAAAGAGGAAAAAAAAUGGUGCUCAAUAAGUCAGUGUGCCUAUGUAAAUAUGCUUAUAUAUGAAAUUGCUUUUCAGUGUAUCAGAACUAAGUGUUGUUACGUUCUCUUGUCUUUGGUAUUGUGUUGUAUUAGUUUGGUGUCCUUCUCUCAAAAACACAUUAAGAAGAAUCAAGACCAAAUGCUGUAUUUUUUUUUUAAUACUGCACUAACAGUUAGGGAGUAUCAGAAUAAGUCAGUAUGUGCUGGGAGGGCCUCAUGCUGAGGGUAGCCCACACAGUAAGUAGAAUUAGGCAGAACAUAGUAACAUGCAGUCCUGAUGUGAUUCAUUAAACUUUUUUCCCCCUUUUUUUUUUUCUUUUGUCCACUUCCACAGCUGAAAGGAGUUCACUAAAAGUUCAAGAAGUACCCUGCAGUGGUGUUUGCUGUUGGAAGUGGAGAAGGUUGUGUUCUGCCUUUUUGAAGUAUUCAUACCAGAUAAAGUUACACAUCAACCAUGCCAACCAUAAGCAGGACUUUUUGGAUGCAUUAGGUCAUUAAUGAUGUUAUGUGAAGUAUUUUAUGCUUACCUGUCAGUAUAGCAUGGGGGCUUAGAAGCAGUAAUAGCUGUCUGAUCAAUCUGUGAUGAUCCUCUAAAGGAAAUUGUUAGACCUGGUGUAUUUCUUGAAAGAGAUUAGCUGAUGAUGGGAGUCUUGGAAGCGGAGACAGAGGGUGAGCACAGGCUAAUGAAAAGUGAGCUUGAACACUAAUGCUCUUGAUAUUAAUUCUUCCUGGCCAGCACUGAGGUUCGUAGACUCAUAGAAUGGCUUGUGUUGGAAGGGACCCCAAGGAUCAUCAAGUUCCAACCCCCCUGCCACAGGCAGGGCCACCAACCUCCAGGUUAUUUCCAUUGAGGCAGCCUGCAGAGGUUUUUAUGACUGAUGCCAUACAGUGCGUUUUAGUUAGGUAAACAGAAGUGGUCAGUGCUGAAGGCUGUCAUUUCAUAUGUAAUGUAUUUGUUUCAAUAAAAAGCUUUCUGUGCUUUCAUAUAUGUAUGUGUAAAUCUGAACUGAGCCACACUUUAGAAUUUUCAUUUUUCUGUGAGCAGUCUUUUUUGACUCCAUUUGAAACUAUGAGAAUACUAAAUCUGAAUAUAUGUUGAGUGACUUAACAUGGAUUCUUGUGCAAGUAAAUAUAUUUAUACCACUAUAGGAUUACUUUUAUUCUGCAAAGAAAAUGUUAUUUUUUUAUUACGGAGACAAGUGUGCUUCUACAGUGGAAAUAAAUUUGACUACUGCAACCCAAAA